CUUCAGGUUUUUCUGACUUUAGGCUUUUCAGUUUCGUAUUUUCUAGCUUUGGGUUUUUUGGUUUUUGGCUGGCUUUGGUAGAGUGGUUGACAAUGAGUAAAAUAACUCACUGCGGACGAAAUCAGCUUUGGGCUAAAUAUUUUUUUUCAGCUUAUGUUUAUGCACUAUCUCUUUUAGAUAAUAAGUAUU